AUGGAAAAAUUAUUCAUCAUUACCUUGCUUGGUUUGCUGAUAGUGGCUAAUGGAGUUGCUGAAAACAUGGCGUACAACAACUUUGCCUUGCUUGAGGAGCUUGAAAGCUUUGAGAUAGAUGAAGAAGACGGGGUGGAAUUUUUCGACAUGCCGUCGUGGACAAGCGAACGUGGUGGCAAAGUUCUUGUGAAUGUUGAUAGCUUUGGUGCUGUUGGAGAUGGAAUUUCUGAUGACACUCAGGCCUUUGUAAAAGCUUGGGACACCGCCUGCACUACACCAAAAUCAGUUCUCUUGGUUCCUUCUGGACGCCGUUACUUAGUCAAUGCAACAAGAUUUACAGGCCCUUGUGAAGAUAGAUUGGUCAUCCAGAUUGAUGGAACAAUUGUAGCACCAGAUGAGCCUGAGAACUGGGACCCCAGAUUUGGACGACAAUGGCUUGAUUUCUCCAAGUUAAAUGGAGUCCUCUUCCAAGGGAAUGGAGUUAUUGAUGGCUCAGGCAGGAAAUGGUGGGAGUCAUCUUGCAAAAAGAACAAGACCAAUCCUUGCAGAGGAGCGCCGACGGCAUUAACCAUUGAUUCGAGCUCAGCAGUGAAAGUAACAGGUCUUACUAUAAAGAACAGCCAGCAGAUGCAUUUUGCGAUUUCCAAGUCAGCAUCCGUCCGGAUAUCUAAAGUUAGUGUCUCAGCUCCUGGAGACAGUCCAAACACUGAUGGAAUCCACAUUACUGCAUCAACUAAUGUUGUUCUCGAGGACUGCAAAAUUGGAACAGGUGAUGAUUGUGUCUCGAUCGUCAGCGGUAGCUCUGGUAUUAAGAUGAAGAGAUUAUAUUGUGGACCAGGACAUGGAAUCAGCAUUGGAAGUCUUGGGAAGGACAACUCAACAGGCAUAGUCACAAAGGUGGUCCUGGAUACUGCGUUUAUCAGGGACGCAUCCAAUGGCGUCAGGAUUAAGACUUGGCAGGGAGGUAAUGGCUAUGUUCGCGGGGUACGUUUUGAAAAUGUGAGAAUGGAAAAUGUUGAUAACCCCAUCAUUAUUGACCAAUUCUACUGUGAUUCUCCAAAAUCCUGCCAAAAUCAGACAUCAGCAGUAAAGAUCAGCGAGAUCAUGUACCGCAAUAUUAGUGGGACUACAAACAGUGCAAAAGCAAUGAAAUUUGCCUGCAGUGACACAGUUCCUUGCAGCAACAUAGUCCUCAGUAACAUCAACUUAGAGAAGGAGGAUGGCACAGCAGAAACUUACUGCAAUUCGGCCGAAGGUUUUGGAUAUGGCUUUGUUCAUCCUUCAGCUGAUUGCUUAACUUCCCAUGAAAAAAACUAUAGUUUCAUUGACCAGACAGAAAUUGCCCAAGACUACAGCAUCAACGACGAGACAGAAAUCGUUGAGCAAGCAGAUUUGAACAGCGACCGCAUUGUUCAUACUGAACUUUGA